AUGGACGACCAGUUUCUCGCGCCAGACGACUGCACCGCGACCACCGUCGUCCAGCGUUUUCCACACGCUGCUACAGGAAUUGACGCAUUUACAGGUAUUUCCAACAAGUUGCCAUGGGCGACCUUGUUUUCUCUAUGUUUGCCAGUGGCAUCGCGACAAUGCUCCACGGAGCAGCAUGUAAUGCGAAAGCAAGCGACUUUCUCGCUGACGUUGCGAUGGGCCGUGGAGGUGACCGGUCUGCAGGCGGACAGGGCGGUCGCGAUGAUGGAGGUCACGAAGGUGAGUAUUGCCGACGUGGUGGUGGCUAGGGACAUGAAACGGACCAUCGUGGUUCGCUUUGCGGCAGCUCGGGAGCUUCGGGUGGGAGCCCUGCAGGCAACAAGGCGCCGCCGACGAUUGUUGGCUCGGGGUAAAUGCGCGCCGGCCUUCAUAACGUUGCCCGUGAGCCCGGUCAACAACCUUGCGAUGUCGGUCCGCUGGUUUCCGACGCGACCCCUCAUCGAAGGCUCGUAUUACUCCCUUGAGCUAUACUUUCGAAGUAAAUGUUAA